CCGCGAGAGCAGGACCGAGCCCCCUCCCCUGGGCUGGCCUCAGCGGGUCCUUCAAUAGGCUCCGCAACGAUCCUGGGAUUCGGCUGGGCUCGCCUCUGCUGUUGCUCGGCAGCAGCUGCUACCCCUCCCCCUUUUCAGGACCCGAAGCCGGUUGCAGGUUCGCUCCUCUCCCCCGCACCGCUGAGGUCGUCUUGAGAGGCUCUCUUCGGGCUCCUCGGCUUCCCUCUUCCGGUGGCCUUGGUCUCCUUUACGUAGGAUCCCUCGUGGGCUUCCAGAGUCCCUGACUCCCCUCCCCAGAAUCCGCCACAGGUGUCCCCCCCAUCCCGUACCCGGUGGUUCUCCUUCGGUGACCCUCUGCGGCUUGUCUUCUUCCCCCUUUGCUCGGCGGUGCCCCCCCUCCCCCGUGUUAACAAAAAGGGCCCCCUUUGCGUCCCGGGCUCCCCCUCUCCGUCGCGGGUCAGGGCCUACCAGUGCCAUGCGAUUCUCCUUGGUCGUGUCACUUCUGCGCCCAGUGGGGCCUGUGGUGAUUGGGGUGUCUCUGGGUUUCACGCUCAGCCUGCUUAGUGUCACCUGGGUCGAGGAGCCAUGUGGGCCCCGCCAGGGCAGCCUACGAGAUGGGGGCAUGGAGCCGCAGCAGCAAGGUCAGGGCAAUGCUGCCCGCAAGCCCAAUUCUGUGCCUGGGGGAUUGGGCACGGAGCCUGAACAGAGCUGGGAGCCCCGUGUCCUGCCCUACAAGCCUCCGAACCCAGGCAAGGCUGCCAAGAAAACUAUCAGGACUCGUUAUAUCAGCACAGAGCUGGGCAUGCGACAGCGCCUCUUUGUGGGCGUGUUGACCUCAAAGAACACAUUGAAUUCUCUGGCAGUGGCAGUGAAUCGCACUUUGGGCCACCGGUUGGAGCGUCUAGUCUAUUUCACAGGCACCCGGGGGCGCAAGGUACCACAUGGCAUGAUGGUAGUGACGCAUGGUGACGAGAGACCUAUCUGGAACAUGUACCAAACAGUCAAGUACGUGUUGGACCAUUACAUGGCUGACUUCGACUGGGUUUUCCUGGUUCAGGAUGACACCUACACAGAGGCACAUCGUGUCAACCGUUUGGCCUCUCAUCUCAGCAUUGACACCCUGCUCUACAUGGGUCGGCCCGAGGAGUUCAUUGGUGGGGACACUCAAGGGCGAUACUGCUAUGGCGGCUUUGGUUACCUGCUCUCCCGGGCCCUGCUGCUGCGCUUGCAGCCUCACUUGGAAAGCUGCCGAAAUGACAUCCUGAGUGCCCGGCCUGAUGAGUGGUUAGGGCGCUGCAUCAUUGACUACACAGGAGUUGACUGUGUGGCAGAGCAUGAGGGCCUUCAUUACCACUAUUUUGAGCUUGGAAAGAAUACUGAUCCUGAGAAGGAGAGCGAUCCACAAUUCGAUGCUGCAUUCACAGUGCACCCAGUGUUGGACCCUGUACAGAUAUACCGGCUACACAGACAUUUUGCACAUGUGGAGUUGGAACGCACUUACCAGGAGAUACAGCAGCUUCAGCUGGAGAUUCAAAAUACCAGCAGUCUGUCUGCAGAUGGUGAGUUGAGUGCCAUGUGGCCCAUUGGCAUUGCACCCCCUUUUCAACCAAAGACUCGUUUUGAAGUGCUGCGCUGGGAUUACUUUACUGAAGAGGCAGCCUUUGCCUGUGUGGAUGGUGCUCCCAAGUGUGAACUCCAAGGAGCAGAUGCAGCUGAUGUGGCAGACGUGGUUGCUGCAGCAGUAGAAGAACUGAACCACCGAUACCAGCCAGUGCUACAUGUGCGUAAGCAGCAGUUGCUGAAUGGGUACCGCCGCUUUGACCCUACACGAGGCAUGGAGUACACUCUAGACCUACAGCUUGAGAUGGUAACUCAAAAGGGGUAUAGCCGUUCACUGGCCAAAAGGGUAUAUCUGCUGCGCCCACUUAGUGAGGUUGAAAUCAUCCCUAUGCCCUAUGUCACUGAAGCUAGCAGGGUUAAUGUCAUCCUUCCACUAACUGCCCCAGAGCGGGACUAUGCUGCACGUUUUCUAGAGGUCUAUGCUGCAGCAGCCUUUGAGAAUGCUGAGAAUGCUGUUCUCACAUUCCUUUUCAUCUACGAUCCCUUUGAGGCUCAGCAGGUGUCUCAGAAUGAUGUUUUUGGGGCAGUGAAAGCACGUAUUGCAGAAUAUGAACGACGGUAUACUCAAGUGAAGAUCCCUUGGAUCAGUGUCAAGACAGAUGCACCUUCCCAGAUCAAGGUUAUGGACAUCAUCUCCAAGAAGCACCCUGUGGAUACGCUCUUCUUUGUAGCAGGUGUGAGCACAGAGGUCACAACGGAGUUCCUCAACCGCUGUCGCAUGAACACCAUCAAUAGUUGGCAGGUCUUCUUCCCCAUCCAUUUUCAGGGCUACAAUCCUACCAUUGCUUUCCACAACCAAGCCUCACCUCUUUCUAGCUUGGAUCUGGUGCGUGAUGCUGGCCAUUUUGACCGUGAUGCUUUUAACGAAGCUUGCUUCUACAAUGCAGAUUACAUGGCAGCCCGCACACGCAUGGCAUCUGAUGCACAGGACAAUGAGGAUAUCUUGGAGACCAUGGACAUCUAUGAUCUCUUUGUCAAGUAUUCUAACCUGCAUGUCUUCCGUGCUGUAGAACCUGCCCUCCUUCAGCAGUACAGGCCACACAGUUGCAACCCCCGACUGAGUGAGGAACAGUAUCACCGCUGUGUGCAGAGUAGCUUGGAGGGCCUGGGUUCCCGUGCCCAGCUGGCCAUGGUUCUCUUUGAGCAGGAGCAAGGCAAUAGCACGUGAGCUCUGGAGACUGAGGCCAGGGCCAGCCUACUUCAACCUCUCCCCUGCAUUUGCUUCUUAUAGUAGCAGAAGGGAGCUGAAAAUGACUCUUCAAGCUUGAAAUCCAGGGUGUAGUUCUGACUGGCCUUAUGGGCUACAUUGUGGACAGUAGAUGUAAGUGGGAAUCAAGGCAUUGGUUCUAGUUCCAUUUUAUGUCUUGCUCUGUUCCCUUAGCCUGGGCCCAGGUCCUUCCUUCCCCAGUGCAGCAGGAUUGGCAUGUGGAAGCCCCAAAUAAGGGCAGGCAGGACCUGCCCUAAGAUCCGCUUCCUUGAACUGCUCGUUGCUGCAGGCUCUGCCUUUUGGGGUUCCUGGGCUCUUAGGGCAGCCUUCUGUAUAAACAAUGGGAAGUAUUGUUGGGGUGGGCCAGAAGUAAAGGAGGCUCUACAUAUCUGGAUCCUGGGACAGGAAGGGGAAUGAGAGAAUGUCUUGCCCGUAAGGACCAUUGCUCAUUCCUAUGGCUGCAGUUUUGGUGCUAACUUAAUGAACAGGUAUGAGUAUGAAGUAGCUCAUUUUGUGGAUGGAAGGAUAGAAGGUUUACUGUUGUGUUUGGUUUGCUCUGUGACCCUCCUUCUGGAAACCAUGACCCAGGCUGUUUUGGCCUCAGAUUAAUAGUAUGGGGUAAGAGGGUGGCACAGAACAGGCAGGAGCAUUCUGUAGGAGAGUCAAGCUGCCCAUGUUGCCAGGCUGGACCUGGCAUUGUGGGACAAACCAUAUUUCUGGUGCUGCCUCCCGCUUCUCAUGCUGCCUGUCGGGCUGGAGGUAUGUGGAUAGACUACCUUGCUGCCACGUGCAGUCUCCUAGAAGACUCCAGUAGAAUGUAUGGUGUUGGUCAGCCUGGUGCUUUGACCAGGGAGCAAGCAAAACCCAGAACUGGGCGGGGGGGGGGGGGUGAAG